UCACACUUUGAGAUUGUGUCAUAUCGAAUUUAAAAAGCAUUUUGUGUUGAGCUUGUCCAAUGCGCAUGCACUUAUUAUAGCAUUGCAUGCAGCAAGAGGAGAAAUCAUAAUCAUGCUCUUGUCGAAACAGCCGUUGUGUCUCUUUCAUUUCCCUUCACUUUGGGCUCGAUGGCAGCAAGCGCCUGGGCCGGAGCCUUCCCCUUCCCCUUUGCCUUUGUCUUCGCCUUCGCUGUCGUCGUUAUCUGGGCCUGAUUCUGACGAGGUGGAUCUGAACGAAUCCCGUCCGCUGCUUCCUGGUUAUCAUUGUCCGGAUAGCUUGAGCAGUCAGACCUACCAGACCAACAUCCAGAUCCCCCCAGCCAUCUCCCCAUCUACAACCACCACCUACGGCACCUGCACCUCCAUCCUCCAUUACGGCACAAACAGCUGCAUCCGUCUCUACAAAUCCACCACCACCACCUCCUCCUCCUCCCAUCCCACCAAGAACCCAGCUUCAACCCCCCAAAACCUCAAGAAAACCCCCAAACCACCACCCAAAUACCACGUCCUCAAGACCCAACGGCCCACCUCCUCCACCGCCCAAAAACUCCGCAACGCCCUGGAAUCCCUCCUCUCCACGACCCUCACGCACCCCUCUCUCUUACACACCAUCGACGUCUUCUCCACCACCUCGCCGCAGUCAUCUCGCCACCGCAGCCCUAGCCUGCGCUGCAUCCGCGGCCCCAGCCAGAGUUCCAGCCAGAAUCACAGCCAGAAUAACUGUUACAAUUACAAUCACAUCCCCAUCCCCAGUCCCAGCGAAACCACCCUCGUCACCGAAUUCUCCCCCCUCGGCGACCUCGGUCUCUACAUCUCCUCCCAGGAGCAAGGGGUGUUAGGCGCCGAUGAGGCGGCGUGUAUCCUGAAACAGGUGCUGGGUGCGUUGGGGUAUUUGCAUAAGUGCGGGGUGGGACAUGGGGGGGUGAGUGUGGAGAAUGUUUUUUUGGGGGUGGGGGAGAUUGGCGGGGCGGGUGGGAAGGGGAAGGUGGAAGUGAAGGUGAAGGUGAAAUUGGGGGAUUUGGGGGGCGCGGUGGUUUUGGAUUCGAGGGAUCGGGAUACUUAUGGUGAGGGGGAGUGGAAGGGCAAUUGGGCCUUGGCGAGGGGGUUGUCUGUUGGGAUCGGAGAGUUUGAGGAGACGGAGAGGAUGAGGAUGAGAUCGAGGUCGGGGUCGAGGUUUGGGGGUCCAGGUGCCAGGAGGUUUCUGGGGCCGUAUGCGGCGCCGGAGGAGAUGGGGAGGUGGUCUGCGUGGUCUGGUGCUGAUGCUGGUGCUGGUGCUGGAAAAGAGUACGAUCCCCGGCCGGCGGAUAUCUGGGCUGCCGGGAUCGUAUAUCUGGUUAUGCGAUUGGGGCGCAUUCUCUGGAGGCGCGCGGCGGAGGACGAGGAUGCCCGGUAUGCCGAGUAUUUGCGGGGGAGGAGGGCCACGGAGGGGUAUCCGUCGGUGGAGGGGCUGGGGACGACCCAAUGCCGCAACGUGGUGUAUGCGAUGCUGGAUCCCAACCCGGCGCGGCGGAUUAGGGCUGCGGAUGUGUUGAGAUCGGAGUGGUUGUUUGGAGUGGACGUCCCGGAGGAGGUGUAG